AGUGCCGGGUGCCUUUCAGAAGCAGCCAGGUGGAAAGCGAGCAGGAAGGUGGCCUGAGGUGUCAGGAUUGAGCAGGGUAGCCAAGAGCUGGCAGAGUGUGAGGGAGAGGCGGCAGGAGGUCCCAUCUCCCUGCAUCACUCCUGGAGGGGUUUCAAAGGGAGGUCCCUGACUCUUCGCACAUGCACACAAACACACACACACACACACACACACAUACACACACACACACACCAGUCAAGCAGUGAGCAACUGAAGCAGACAGUGAAGAAGAAAGCACAUCAAGAUUAGAGAAGGAGGCUGCGAGCAAGAGAAAGAGCACGCAAGAGCGAGAGAAUUAGCAGGACAAGGCAGCAUGGAAGACGUAACCUGCUCCUGGCAUCGUUCUCAAUAACACCUUCAUCGUCAUCUCUUCCACAGCUCAAGGUGCCUGACCUCCUAGCCGUGUCCACCAAUUCUACUCCACGGGUUGGAUGCUCACCUGAGGAGCUACUAUGGGGGAAUGGACAAUAUUGGAGAGGCUGCUGGAGGCUGCUGUACAGCAGCAUUCGACCAUGAUCGGCCGAAUCCUGCUGACAGUGGUGGUAAUCUUCCGGAUCCUCAUUGUGGCCAUUGUAGGAGAGACGGUGUAUGAAGACGAGCAGACCAUGUUCAUGUGCAACACCUUGCAGCCUGGUUGUAAUCAGGCCUGCUAUGACAAAGCCUUCCCCAUCUCCCACAUCCGCUACUGGGUCUUCCAGAUCAUCCUGGUGUGUACCCCCAGCCUGUGCUUCAUCACCUACUCAGUCCAUCAGUCCGCUAAGCAGCGUGAUCGCAGAUAUUCCUUCCUCUACCCUCUUCUCGAAAAGGACUUCAGUAGGCCAGAAAGCAGCAAAAAGCUAAAGAAUGUAAAUGGCAUCCUGGUGCAAAACCCAGAUGGGACAGCCAAGGAGGAACCUGAUUGUUUGGAGGUAAAAGAGAUUCCCAACACCCCCAUGAGGACCAGCAAGAGUACCAAGUUCCAUCGUCAGGAGGGUAUUUCCAGGUUCUAUAUCAUCCAGGUGGUUUUCAGAAAUGCUCUAGAGAUUGGCUUUCUGGCUGGCCAGUACUUUCUUUAUGGAUUCAAUGUACCCGCAAUCUUUGAGUGUGAACGUUACCCUUGCAUGAAGGAAGUAGAGUGCUAUGUGUCACGGCCCACCGAGAAGACAGUGUUUCUGGUCUUCAUGUUUGCCGUCAGUGGUAUAUGUGUGGUCCUCAAUUUGGCAGAGCUCAACCACCUGGGCUGGAGGAAGAUCAAAACUGCUAUCCGAGGGGUCCAGGCACGGAGGAAAUCUAUCUGUGAGGUGCGGAAGAAAGAUGUCUCUCACUUAACGCAGGUCCCCAACUUGGGCAGAACUCAGUCCAGUGAGUCAGCAUACGUUUGACGCCAAAUUUUUCAUUUCCCGGUCCCAAAGAAGAUGGAAAAAUCCAAAAACGAGGAAACAAGUUUCUUGUUCCCGGCUGAAGGAAUUCCUCCAUGUGGAACCGAUGAAAGCAGGAGGUGGAGUGGGCUGACAUACGUGCCCAUUUAAAUUGAUCUGUAGCUGAGAGGGAAGGAUGGGGGGGUCAAGGAAGAGGGCGCACUUCCACUGACACCUAAUAUCCCCAGUUUCAAACCCUUCCUCUGACCCCUCUUGAAUUGCACCUAUUCGCUGUAUGGGGUUCCCCCCCACCCCAUGAGUUACUGCAAAACAGGCUGUGUGUUUCUUUUUUUUCUUUUUUAAACCUUAACAAAAUGCCUAAGUUGUUUUGUUUUAUAGUUGAUUUUGUAUUUUUUAACUUCUGGACUAUUUGCAAUUUUUAAAAAGAAAAGGAAGCUCACCAGAGUAUUUGUAUAUUAUCAAAGUAUGAGCGGGCUUCCUUUUUUUCUGACUUUUCACAUGAGGGCGCUACCCUAGACUUUCCUCCCUGGUGCCGGCGUCUCAGGUUUACCACUUUUAUUUCAAAGCCAUAUAAUUAAAGAGCCAGAAAUGCACUAUUUAUCUCUUCCAAGCACCUGACAGAAUGGGUUGGUAAUGCUGGCACAAUGAGGGACGACGCUGCAAAUCUGAGUGCCGUUCUCCAACCCAUUCCUCUCAAGCCCCUUUCCAGGUGCUGCCCCACCUCUGUCUUAAUUUCAGCACGUAGGCUUUCCCUGCUUCUUUCCCAGGUGCUACUUCCACCAACCCUGCCCUUUACGUGCCCACCACCAAUUCCCUAAACUGCCCUGCACCAGCAAUAACUACACCAGCCUCCAAUUGCAAUAGACCAAGAAAAGAGCACAAACCCUUGCAAAAAGGAAGAAGAAUGACACAGAGAGCUAGGGAGAAAGGGAUGGGACUUUGUAAUUAAUCUGGGAGGAUGGAUCUAGUCAUCUUAUGGACGCGCCCUCAGUGACCUUGGCUGGGGAGGUCACACCAACCUUUCUUAUAGAUGCCUUUGAAAAGCCUCAGUAAUGCUAACUCUGGCAGGUCUUUGACAUGUUUGUAACCUCCGGCCAGACAGAAUCUCUGCAACGAUAGGUGUGGGAUUAUCAGAUGAAAAAAUCAGAGUGGCAGCUUCCCAGCCAGUGGAGGAGUAUGUCCUGAGGUUCAAGCUUGUCAGAGAAGCCUGCUGAGUUUGAGCUGCGAGUUUCAGGGUGGGUUCAGCUACCCCUCUCUCCUUGACUCUCUAAAGAACCCUUUUCUGUUUGCUCUGGGUUAGGUGAAUGCUGCACGUUGGAGGCUGAUACCUCGUUACUGAAGCCAUGAGUUCACCAGCCUAACCAACCCUCUGAGCGCAGAUUUCCGAAGCAGAUUGACAAACACAAGUACUGUACUGUAGCAAAAGGUGCUUGGGACUUAAUGUUCAUCCAUUGAGGGGACUAGUGUGAGAAGCCUGUGUGGCCAUCCAGGGCAUCUGCAGCAGGAAUUAAGGCUGCCACUAUCUGCAAAAUGAGCGGAUUGCAAAGAGAAAGCUUCCAGCAUCUGGAGCUUGCAGGCAGCCAGAUGUGGCCAGCAGAGCUGCGGCUAUGCCAGCUUUGUGGCGGGAGCCUUCAUGAAGUUUUCUGCAUGUCACUAACCAUUAAUUGUGUGAUUCUGCUAAUGUAUGAAAGCCAUUUCUGCAUGUGUG